AUGACCGAUAGGUUAUGGGGCUCAUGCGACACCUCGAUCACCAAUGGGUAUGACUGCAGUUUCCCUGCCAUGUGCUACGAUUCCCACGCCUGCAGCACUGGUUGCGGCAGAAUGGGCACUGCGACUCUUACAUGGCAAGUAAUUUUGACUCUCAGUGAAACUGUUCUCCUUUAUUUUGAAUCAUUUCCUUGCACUUUCAGCCGCUAA